GGAGGAGCCUAAAAGGAAGAGGAGGAGCAGGAGGAGCGCAGUGGACACUGCUGUUGUUUGUGAGCAGGUCGGACCGGACACGCGACGUGAGGCGACGCAGAGAAGAUGUUUGAAAACUUCAGAGAGAAACUUCACAUGGUGCAGCAGGACUUCACAACCGGCCUCAAGACCCUCGGAGACAAAUCAAGAGACACUAAAGUCAAGACGAGACCCAGGUUUGAAGAAAGUCCUCCUCUGUUCACUGCUGGACUGGAAAUCCUCAGGAGGUAUGAGGAGAACUGGUUUCUGCUCCAUAAAAGGACUAAAGACGGAGCUCAGGAUGCCGAGGCAGUCGAUGGAGAUAUAGUGAUGCUCUCGGCACAUUGGGAGAGAAGACGAACGGCUCUGACACAGUUACAGGAGCAGCUGCGAAGUCUUCCGGUCUUUGUCAGUGAACUGGAUGCCAUCGCUGCCAACAUCGCUCACCUGGAAGGAGACUUUGAGGAGAUGGAGAGCCGACUUGUUUACCUGGAGACUCUUUGUUGUCAGUGUGAACAACAGACGUUCAAACAACAUCACAUCAACCAACUGGAGUCGUACAAGAGGAAGAAGAGGAAGGAGGUGGAGGCACUGGAAGUGGAACUGAAUUCUGAACACGACCAGCAGGUGGCGCAGCUGGAACAGGCCACGCAGAGGAAACUGCGAGAACGACAGAAAGUCUACGAGGAAGCUUUCAAUCAGGACGUGGAGCAGUACCUGUCCACGGGACACAUCCAGCACCGAGAGCUGACGGGAGCUGACGUGUGUGUUCUGGAUCACAUGUCAGUAGGUAACGUGUCCGACCAAGAGGCUUUGGACGACUUCCUCAACUCCAGUGACGAUAACAUCAGUACUGGAUCAUCACUGACCUCAGGUCCAGACGUCGAGUCCUGCUCCUCUGAAUCUUCCAAAUGCCAAACGAACCAAGCUCCUCCCACCACCACCGACCGACCGUCCAACCGGCAGGAAGUGGUUGGCGAGGAGAGCGAUGACCCCGUGGUGCAGUCGGACGAGGACGAUGUGCAGCCGGACACGUCGCUGGUCGGCCUGCAGGACAUCGAGAGGACAUCUGACGAGAGCGACUUUGCGGGCGACCUGCCAUCUGUGUAACCUAGCAACAAGGCCCUUGUCACUCAAGGAUCACUGGAACACUUCCUGUAGCUACUGUAACAACUGUUACCACUCUGGCGUCCUGAGCUUUGAUUUGACAUAAACAGGAAGUGAUGUUGGUUUGGUUCGUCUUUUCAUUGAAUCUGUUGAUAUAAAAUAUAGAUUGACACCAGACCAGUUUAAACACUGAAUGAAUUGAAUGUAAUGUAAUGUUAUGUAACAUAAUAAUGUAAUGUAACACGAGUAUCUGACAAUCUGAUCCACAAGUCUGCUUUUAUGUCCAAUAUUCAUGAAAUACAAUCAUCAAUCAGUAUCUUUUUUUACUUUAUUUAAAGUUUUAUUGUCUCUUUUCACUCAAAAAAUAAAAUAAACAAUAAAAAUAGACUACAUAAAAGAAAGAGAAGAAAAAGUACAAUAUACAAUGGGGGGGGGGGUCCACACCCGAGGCGCACAACAGUUCCAAGAAAGCCCAAGAAACGUUCCUUCGGCCACGAGUCUCUGAGAAAUGUUCCUUCCAGUUUGAAAGAAUUAUUCCCUUGGUUGACAAACCAAAGUGACAACAACAAUAUUGUCUGGUCAUUAUCAAUGUGUAUCAUCAUGUUUUUGUCUAAUGGGGUUUAUUAAAAAAAUACUAGAAAGAA